AUGAGCGAGACUCGAGGAGAGCUGAGAAUCUUCGUGGGUUUUGCCGACCUGGAGUUUCACGCACACAUCUUGAAGAAGAGUGGCGUUGGCACCGUUAGCAGGGCAGCCGCCGUCAAGGGUCUCCCAGUGUGGGGAACAGUCACGUGCACGCGAGACUGCGCCACGGCGGCGCGCGGCCCCCGGGGCCGAGCCGACGAGGGGGAAGGGCGGCGGCGGCGGGUAGAGGGCGCCGGGGCCGGAGCCACCGCGCGUCCCGGCGGCGCGCGCGUCCGGGGCCAGGAGCGGGAGCUGCGGGCCGCCCCGCGGCGGCGGGGGUCGGCGGGAAGCAGCGCGGCCGCGGGUGCGCGCGGCGGAAGGGAGGCCGGCGGGCCCCGGGCGGCCCCGCGGCGCCGGGAGCGUCGGAGGGCACCGCGGUUCCUGGCCUCCCCGGCCGCCGCCGCCCGUGCGGGCUGCGGACGGGCGCCACCCUCUCCUCCACUGUCGGCGGGCGCACCACCGCCACCCUUCCCGCAGGCGGGGCCGCGCGCGCCCGGGCUGGCCGGCGCCGCGCCCCCUCGGAGGCGGAGACCCCGGUCCCGCACUCGGCCCUCCUGCCCCACCGUCGGCCCCUAUAUCAGCGGCUCCCCGCCCGCGCCCCCUUCCCCUGCUCCCUGGAGCCGGGAGGGAAGGGGCGCCGCGGUCAUGACCGAGCCCAAGCCAAAGGACGCCCGCGCCCCGUGCGCGGGGGACGGCGCGCUGGCCCCGGCCGAGGUCGGGGCGCCGCUGCUGGGCGGCGGGGAUCGCGCGGUCUUCGCGGGGCCCCAGCCGUCGGACGCCUCCCUGGACGGGCUGCUCUUCCCCGGGCCGUGCGCGGGCCGGGGCCCCGCGGACGCGAAGCUGCCGGGCGCGGACGCGGCGGGCCCGGAGAAGGACGGCCGGCUGCUGGACAGCGUGCUCGACUCGCUCCUGGAGCCGCCGGGCGCGCGCGCCAGCCCGCCCGCCUGCGCCACCACCGGCGCCUGGUGCCUCUUCGGCGCGGGGGGCGCCGAGCUCCCCGACGACCCCCGCGUUCCGGCCCCCAAGGGGGCCCCGGCGCUGCUCGCCAGCCGGCCCGAGACCAGGGCGGGCGCCGCGGGCAAGGGGCCGCCUCGGGGCCCGGCCCCGUCGGCGCGGGCGCUGCUGCUCCCCGCGCCCGGGACCCCGCCGUGGCCCGGCGCGCCCCCCAAGCCACCCGCCGCCGAGGGGGACGAGGAGGACGCCGGACCCGACGGCCCCGGGGGGCCACUGUCCCGGGCCCGAGUGCCGGGGCCCCGGGGCGGCCCCGCGGCGGAGCAGGACGCGGCCCCGCAGCCCGGGCGCGGCCCGCCGGGCGCCGCGGUGCUGGACCUGGUCCCCGUCCCGCUGCCCGUGCUGCCGCUCGGCCACGCGCUCCUGGCGGCGCGCACGCGGCAGCUGCUGGAGGGGGAGGCGCUGGACGGCCCCGGCGACUUCCCGGCCUGCGCCUACCCGCCCGACGCCGACCCCGACCCCAAGGACGACGCGUUCCCGGGCUUCGGCGACUUCCAGGCCGCGGCGCUCAAGAUCAAGGAGGAGGAGGAGGGCGGCGCGGACGCGGCGGCGCGCUCCCCGCGCCCGUACCCCGCGCCCGGGGCCGCCGCCUUCGCGGACUUCGCGCCGCCGCCGCGGGCGCCCUCCUGCCGGCCCGGGGACGGCGCGGCGCCCGGCCCCGCCGCCGCCUCGCUGUCGCCCGCGCCCGCCCUGGAGUGCCUCGUCUACAAAGCGCCGGGCGCCGCCGCCCCGCAGGGCCCCUUCGCGCCCGCGCCCUGCAGGCCCGCGGGGCCCGGCGUCGGGGCCGGCGUCGCCGCCUGCCUGCUGCCGCGGGACGGCCUGGCCGCCACCUCCGCCGCCGCCGCCGCGCCCGCGCCCGCGCCCGCGCUCUACCCGCCGCUCGGCCUCGCCCCGGCGCUCGGCUACCCGGCCGCGGCGCUCACGGACGGCCGCCCGCAGCUCUACCCGCCCUAUCUCAACUACCUGAGGACGGACUCGGAGGCCGGCCCCAGCCCGCAGUUCAGCCUGGAGUCCUUCCCUCAGAAGAUCUGCCUGAUCUGCGGGGACGAGGCGUCCGGCUGCCACUAUGGCGUCCUCACCUGCGGGAGCUGCAAGGUGUUCUUCAAGAGGGCCAUGGAAGGGCAACAUAACUACUUAUGCGCCGGGCGAAAUGACUGCAUUGUGGAUAAGAUCCGCAGGAAGAACUGCCCGGCCUGCCGCCUUAGAAAGUGCUGCCAGGCCGGCAUGGUGCUGGGAGGUCGUAAGUUCAAAAAGUUCAAUAAGGUCCGGGUGGUCCGUGCGCUGGACGGCGUGGCGCUCCCUCAGUCCGUGGGCCUCCCGAGCGAAGGCCCGGCCCUGGGCCAGAGGAUCACCUUCUCACCAAGCCAGGAGGUGCAGCUGAUGCCGUCCCUCAUCAACCUGCUCAUGAGCAUCGAGCCCGAGGUGGUCUACGCGGGACACGACAACACAAAGCCGGAUACCUCCAGCUCCCUGCUGACCAGCCUGAACCAGCUGGGCGAGAGGCAGCUGCUGUCCGUGGUCAAGUGGUCCAAGUCCCUGCCAGGUUUUCGAAACUUGCACAUUGACGACCAGAUCACGCUGAUCCAGUACUCGUGGAUGAGCCUCAUGGUGUUUGGGCUGGGCUGGCGGUCCUACAAGCACGUCAGCGGGCAGAUGCUCUACUUCGCGCCGGACCUGAUCCUGAAUGAGCAGCGCAUGAAGGAGUCGUCGCUCUAUUCCCUGUGCCUCACCAUGUGGCAGAUCCCCCAGGAGUUCGUCAAGCUGCAGGUCAGCCACGAGGAGUUCCUCUGCAUGAAAGUGCUGCUGCUGCUGAACACAAUUCCUUUGGAAGGCCUGAGGAGUCAGAGCCAGUUUGAAGAAAUGAGGUCCAGCUACAUCCGGGAGCUGAUCAAGGCCAUCGGCUUGAGGCAGAAAGGCAUGGUGCCCAGCUCCCAGCGCUUCUACCAGCUCACAAAACUCCUGGAUAACUUGCACGACCUGGUCAAGCAGCUUCAUCUGUACUGCCUGAACACGUUCAUCCAGUCCCGGGCGCUGGCGGUGGAGUUCCCGGAGAUGAUGUCAGAGGUGAUCGCCGCGCAGUUACCGAAGAUCCUGGCGGGAAUGGUGAAGCCACUCCUCUUUCACAAAAAGUGACCGCCUCGUUUUCCCUCUCAAGGAAAAGAAAUGAAAAUUCUGCGCAUGUCCUUUCGCUUCGGCGAGGGUGAGGAUGGUCCCGAGGUUUUGUGAAACCUUCUGAAAGCCUUACAUUUCUAACAUAUCAUACUGUGUACAUUUAUGAGGAAAAAAUGUGAGAUUCGAAUUUUCUUUUGUAAAGGAAAGUUAGGACUUUUAAAGUGUAUUUGUGUACCUAUAUUUUCUUUUAGAGUUUACAAGAUUGAUAAAAUUCUAAAGUUGAUGGUUGAAGCAAACUAUAUAUUAUGCAUAUAUAUCGUUUAGGUGGAGAUUUUUAACUUUUGCUUCUAACA